UGGCACUGGGAGCACAGCCCUAGCAACAAGCACUACCCCCUAGCAACGAGCAUGACACCCAGUGCAUGAAACUCCUGGCAACGAGCAUGACACCCAGUGCAUGAAACACCUGGCAAUGAGCAUGACACCUUGAGCAUGAAACACCUGGCAAUGAGCAUGACUCCCUGAGCAUGAAAACCCCUGGCACCGUGCAUGGAACCAAGAGCAUGAAACCCCUGGCAACGACCAUGACACCCAGUGCAUGAAACCCCUGGCAACGAGCAGAAGAGCGUCCAUCAUGCAGGACAUGUUAUCUCUGGAGCACCCCUACCUCAGCACCAUCAGAGGUGCCCAGGCCUUCCUCACCAUGGACCCCAACUUGCUACGUCUCCCUGAGGUUGUAUUAGAGAGAAUUGAGGUGAAGAUAGAGGAAGACCCUUCUACUAAUACAGACGGUGAGGAUGAACAGAUAAAGGAUGAGCGGGAGAUCAAAGUGGAGAAGGAAUCUUGGGAAGAAGAGGAAAUCCAGAGAAAGAAUGAUACGGACUCGUUUCCUGCCCGCGUAUACAGAGGCAGGGGGGGCCGCCCUAGGAAACAUCAUUAUGGGGACACUGUACAUGGAAAGAUGGGCCAGGCCUACAGAUCGGGGUACAACGGCUUAUCCAGAGACACUGAGAGGGGCAGCGGGCACCAGAGGGCAGGGCGGAGGAGGAGAGGAGGCUGGCACCAGUUUCUCUACAAGGAUCGACAGCAAUUUGAGCGCAAGCUGAAGAAAGUUGACAUGACGUACGUGGAGGAGGAGAGGCAGCGGGGCCAGCGUUUCAGUGACGAUGAGAACGAGGCGCUGGUGGCCGGGGUACUCAGUCACUAUAAGGAGCUGUGUGGUCACUCCUCACUAAAGGGCAGCGCCUCACAGAAACGGCGCCUCUGGCAGGAGGUAGUAAAUAAAGUCAACAGUGUAGGGACAACUUACAGGACUAUCGAAGUGUGCAAGAAGCGGUACGGUGACUGUCGACGGGCGGUGAAGCUGAAGAUGGCCGCCAUGGAGCACCAGGCGCUGGGCCACGGAGACCCUCUGGAGCAGAUCAGGUUCAGCCACUGGGAGGAAAACCUCCGGCAGAAGAUCAGCUCGGUGGCAGCGAGUGGACCUCAGCAUGUGCUGGACACCUGUGAACCCUCCAGCCUGGACCUGGGAGAUCACAGUCCCGCAGAGACCACCACGCACCUGUCCUCGUCCUGGUCACCCACCAUCGAUACUUCUGUCACUCAGGUCAUCCAGCCGCCGGCGUACGAGCCUGUCUCCGACUGUGAAGAAGCCACCUCCCCGCUGGACAUCCAGCUGGUCAGCGAGUCUGAGGAGGAAGCCCCCCAUUCUCCUGCAGCCCCUGUCCACGAUGAGACAUCGUCUGCAGACGGACCCCACCAGUCCCAUAAGAUCCCCGCCCCGCCAGACAUGGCACAGGAGUCCCUAGGGGCUGAGCAGCAUUACCUGCGGCUGCAGGAUGACUACAGCAAGGGUCUGCGGCAUCUGAGACAGUCGCACAACACCGAGCUGCACAAGCUGCGGCGGAACGUGGUGGCCGGCAACGCCAGUGUGGUGCAGCAUCUGGAGGGGCUGGCUGCGGAGGUCCGGGAGCUGAACGCCCACGUGCGCCAGAUACACAUGAACCAAGCGCACUUUAAUCUCAUGUUCCAGAAUUAUCUCAGCGACACCAAACAGUUUUACGGGGCUAUGGUGCAGGCCAUGAGAACCCUGCAGCAAGCGCCGGCCGUAAGCCCCACGGCCUCGGGGGCUUCGUCUCCCGUACCGUCACCCAAGCCUCCCGUGAUGCAGACCACUCCGAGCCACCUGCUGCUGUCAGCCAUGUCCGACUUUCCAGCCCUGUCCCCAGCCGGUUCCGCAGAGCCCGCGUCCGCCUCCUCCACCACCUCGGAGGUCUACACAGGCAGCCACCACGUCAGGAGGUCAGCCUACGCUUUCCAGCCCAGGUCGCUGCAGAAACACUGAGCUGUCAGGGAAGCGCUGGACGGCCCUCGGGGAGGCUUGUUGGACAAUGUUACAUCAUUGAUAUUUUUGUGAACCUCACAGUAACACAACUUAUGUGCCGUCAUUCUGUCAUGUGACUGUGACAAGGCCUCGCCCUGUGUGGACACGUUCCUAAUGUAUCCCUGGCACCGUGGACACCCGACCUGUCAUUCAGUGUCACAUACGUGUCACAUACAGCGCUGUACAUGUCAGUGUAAGUUCUGUCAGCAGUCUGCAGGGAGCGAUGCUGGAACCACACUCUGGGGGGGAUUCAAACCUGAUCGCUACAGUGUGUUUUCGCACAGCGGCCGAACAGGUCAUAACAGCGCACGCAUAUGCACCGCAAUGCGCAUGCGCGUCGGACAACAACAACGGGGAUCACCGGUCAGCGAUGGGAUGGUGCGAAAAUUCCAUUUACACGUGCGCUCACAGAGUAAUUGAUAGGAAGAGGACGUUUGUGGGUGGUAACUGAGCGUUUUCUGGGUGUGUCAGGGAAUAAUGCAGGCGUGUCAGGGCGGGUGUGUGGCGUCUGGAGGAGUAAGUCCUGGCCUGCGCACACACUGGAUUUUAGCAGCUCGGCUACACAUAGGAUCGCACACUUGCACGGCGAAUACACACUCCCCCUGGAGGCGGAGACUAUCUGAUCGCAGGACAGCAAAAAACGCAGCCUAGCGAUCAGAUCUGAAUCCCCCCCAUUGUGCGUAACAUGAACAUUCGGCAGGGGAUGGAUCAGGGUGUCCGGCUGCGCUGCAUGGCGCUGUUGGUGAAGGACCACGGGAGGGGGAGGAGUGAACUGCGAGUGAGGUAUAAUACCACAUAUAUACUCACACUGACGAUACAUACAGGUCAGUCGCUUACACUACAAACACACGUAUCGCUAUGACAGUGUGAGCUGGUCGCCAUUUCCAAUCUCCCAUCAGCCAACGUCUUAUUGUUUCACUGUCCGCUGCUGUAUCCGUCAUGACACAGAAUAAGGGGCCUAUUCAUUACUCAUUGGGGCCCGCUGUGUGAUAAUCGCUCAUUGCAUACAGCAGGAGUUCCGCCCAUAGCGCAUUUUACAUCUAGAUUUUUAGUUCCACGUUGAUUUUGCACCGUAUGAUGCUGCGUUUUUAUUGUUACAUAUAGUGGUACUACCUCAAUAAACCAGAGAACGUUU